GUAAACCCAUUGCGGACGUCAUACGUCAUCAUAGGCGACGCCUGUCGUAAAGUACUCAUAGCAAGAGGCGGCUUGUGUUCAAUAGUGGCGUCAAGAAUGGAUAAAAAAGUGGAGACGGAUAACCUGGAAGUGCGUCUUCAGGCGCUUGAGAGUCGUAUGUACGGCGAGAGAAGAAACAAAAGUGGGAAACCCGUCAAGUGUGUAGAGUCUUUGGCCAGGAUUCAGGCGGGUCUGACCAACACGGCCAACAAGAGAGAACGAGUAAAGAUCCUGCACAAGAAGAUUGAGGACCUUCUGAAGUACCUAGACCCCCAGUUCACUGAGCACAUCACUGUACCUGAUGCCAUGAAGCUGGAGUUCAUCCUCGCUGAGGAGGACUUUCUGCUCUCCCAGGCGGCUUUGCUGGAGCAGGUCAGCAGCCUGCAGCCACUGUUGGACAGCGCAUACAUCAGAGAUGUACCAGAACACGCCACCAAGUUGCAGCGCCUGUCUCAGAUUCACAUCAAAGAGCAGGACCAAACCGAGGCUCAGUCCCAGGAAGUGAAGAAGCUUUUUGAGGAAUACAAUAAAAUGAUGUUCCUGCUGUCCAAGCAGUUCACCCAGUGGGACGAGACCCUGAGGAAGAUGGAGGAGGCCAAGGGCAUCCGGCCUGUGGAGUAGUUACGGUCACCACACACUUCUGACGAGGAUGGUGACAAUGAAGAAGACUGCACUGUGGUGGGAGCUUUAGGCCCGACAGGUGUUCCAUAUGUAGCUUUUUCUUCCAACAAAAGGAGACAAAAGGACUACAACAUUUCACUGUUUUGUUUUUAACUACUAGUCAUUUUGUCACCAGAUUUUAAUUGAUCAGGUGUUAUAACCUUGAUACCCUAAUUGCCUCUUCCCAUGAUAUUGUUGGUUUAAGAACAUUCUCUAAAUGACAAAUGAAAAAUCUGGGAGUUCAAUAUAAGUUCAGAUGUCUAAUAAAACUUUUUUUUUUUUUUUUUUUUUCCAUUGGUGAAGAAAAAAUGUAGUCCAUUUAAAUAACAAGUCAUUUCUCUAUUAAGAGUACAUGCACAUGUGUGCAGGUAAAUUGACCUACCAGCUUCUUCAAAAGUUUGAGAAAUGAACAAAACAGUUUUUGUUGUAUGUGGUGCAGAGUCUGUAAUAACGGACUGGUGUGUCUCCCAACUGAUGGCGGUGGUGCCCAAACACUAUCAGUAAUCCUGUCCCAUUCGUACAAACCCAGUCAUACAGUAUAACUGGCGUCUAAGGAGUGGCAGAAACAAAAAAUGUAGAGGAACUCAGUCUCAAGUGAGUCUUCGGUCACCUGAAGGAAGUCGCUCCCAUCACGUGACGUGUGGCUCAGACAGCUCAGAGAGGCUGCUGUUAUUUAUUUUCAGGCAAUGGAGCUUUUUAACGCUCGUAUGUUGACUUAACUUGUAAUGCAUUCCGACAAUACUUCUCUACUGCAAGCCGGUCACGUGACUUGUCCUGCCCUUCACUCAUUCUCACGCUUGCACACAUCCUCUUUAUGUGCUUUUGUUUUUUUUUCCUCUGGAUGCCUCCUGGCAAGAUGACUUGCAGAAACAUAAAACAGCUUCAUUAUUCUUACCAUAGCACUGGUUUUAAAUGUUAUAAAUGUCAAAUGUCAUAUAGCAUGUCUGCAGUUGAUACAAUAAAUAUUACUUGUUUCUUGCAGUA